CCGUCCUUUUCUUAGGCGGCGUGAACCAGAGAGAGCUGUUCUGAAAAUUGAAGGAAAUCGACGGGAAAUCUUCGUAUUGAUUGUUGAAUUCAACUCUUGUUAAGAAUCGUCGGAUCAAGGGCUUCGUUAUUCCCUUUGUUGAUUGAGUUUUAGGCACAAACUAUUCAUCCGACUCCGCGGUUCUUGCAAGCUCCUGAUUUGCAACGGAAUUGACAAUGCAAAAAUUUGAAAUUGACAAAGUAGAGGACGUCAAUCUUAGUGACUUAGAGUUGGUAUGUUUCGUCCGAGAAGCCCUCAGAUCAGUCAUAGAGGGUGACAGAAGUAGUUAUGAGCAGCUUCUUGGUGUUCUUCAUCGAAAAGGAAACCUUGGCCCUGACGAGGUUGCGCUGCUGGUGACGAGUUUAAAAGCAUUAACAGGAGCAGUUUCAUGUAUUGAUAUUGCACACCAUGACGCCUUGCUUGCAUCGAUAUUCGGAAUGAACAUGUGGAACUAUGAGCCUGAUGUGAUGGACGCAUUGAUUGAAUUAAUUACAUCCCUGGCUGCUUCCAGUGGAGGAUACUUAGAUUUAUGCUUGGGUAUGCUCGUAAACAAUUUUAUGCCGCCUCGUUCUUUUCUGGAAUUUCUAAAUCAGAAACGAGGUUUAUCAAGAAAGGGGCAGGUUGUUUAUCGUGUGCAUUCUGCUCUGAAGGACAUUUCCGACUUAGUGCCUCUUGCACCUUUGAGGUUAUUGCCCAUAAUUCUUCAGAAACUACCUAAUACAUUUGCAAUGGAGAAAGCGAUUGUUGUAUAUGUGGAAAACAUGUUGAGAGUGGAAGAAUGUGCUCUAGGGGACAUAAUUGGAAACAUGAUGCUUACUGCGUUGGUGGAUAGGCUUAUAGAAUUUGAUGUAGAGAUAGAAUGGAAAGAUAUCAUGUCUGAUGAUUUCAGUAAAGGGAUAUUUGAGAUGGAACUAGAAGAUGUAGAUGAUAUUCUAGAUGAUGCUGAGACAGAAGGUUUUGAGCUUUCUGGAGGAUUCCCAGGUAGGAAUAUUUUAAAGGGAAAUAAAAUAGCAGAGACAUUGGACAGUUUGUUGGUGCUGAUGUUUGAACAUCUCAAAACAUGUCAUGAAAGCGGUCGGCUGGUAAAGGUUUUUGAGACACUCCUCCAGUCCUUCCAAAUAACUGUUCUGAGUACUUACAAGUCCAAGUUUGCUCAGUUUGUCAUGUUCUACGCCUGUUCACUAGAUCCUGAAAAUUGUGGUGUGAGAUUUGCGAAUGAGCUUGCCGAUAUUUUUAGUGAAAGAUCCCAUCCACCAAAUAAGACGAUGAGUGCUGUUGCAUAUCUUGCUAGUUUCUUAUCACGUUCAAACUUCCUUCCUCUUUCCUUUGUUGUUAAAAUGUUGCAAAGAUUAGUCAACUGGUGUUGGAUAUAUUGCCAAGAUCAUAAAAGUGAAAUUAACCCACAAGCUCACAGAGUUUUUUAUGCCUGUUGCCAGGCUGUUAUGUAUGUUCUUUGCUUUCGCAUGAGAUCAAUAAUGGAUGAUCCUAAGCUACGAUCAAAGCUUACACAUUUUCCUCUGGAGGAAAUUUUUAAACAUCCGUUAAAUCCUUUGAAGGUAUGUCUGCCGACAAUAGUUGAUGAGUUUCUUCGACAGGCAAGAGCAUCUUGUCUUUUCACAGCAUCUGAGGCCCGUGUAUUUGAUGAUUUGUUGGAGUCUGAAUUUUCGAUAGCUUUUGGUGGGUUAGAAAGGCUCGACACGUUCUUCCCUUUUGACCCUUGUUUGUUAAAGAAAUCAGACAGUUUCAUACGACCUUGGUUCAUAUCUUGGUCUAUGGUUAAAACUACAUACGAAGAAGAGGAAGAGGAAGACGACCAAGAAGAAAUAAUGACGGCUGAUGCAAUGGCAACUAGUUUAAUGGAGGAAGAAGAGUUUAGUCUUGAUUACAGUUUGAAUAGAAUGUCGAUUACACCAAAGAGCACCUUAAAUUAUCAUUUUGGAGGUGCAUUCAAUGCUGUCACAAAGAUGCCCUCAAGAAUAAGACCAUCCACAAGUCCUGAAUCUUUUUGAAGCACAAAUAGACUUGAAUAAGAAAAACAAAAACAAAUAGGGUAUGAUUUGAACAAUUGAAGGCUGACAAAUAUAUUCUUAUUUGUUAGAUUUUGUGGUAUAGGCAAAAACAUCUCAUAGUAUUCAUUUAUUAUUAUUUAAAUUUUGAGUGAUGUAACAUAUCAAGAUGACAUUAUUAUGAGUGGUUUUAAACUUCUAUUUAUUACCGUUUCUU